AAAAAGUCCACUAAAAAAAAAAUGGCUAAUCAAUCAAGAAUUCGUUUUAAUCAAGAAGAUGAUGAUGAGAUUAAAAAAUAUAUGAAAGUAUUUGGACAUCUUCCUAAUUGCAAUACUUUAGUUAGUGAAAAAAUGAAUAAACGAAUUAGCCCAAAAAGGAUUCGUCAACGUUGGACAAAUAAUCUCUAUCCACGUCUUUGUCACGAUCCUUUUGAUGAGAUUGAGAAAUUAUACAUGAUCGAAUGGGUUAAAAAAUAUAAAAUUCAGAAUCCAUCUGCUGAUAAAAUCCCUUGGAAAAAAUUAAUUCAGGAGAUGAAAGAUAAAUUUGGAAAAUUACGCUCCGAAAAUAAAGUAAAGAAUUUUUGGCACUCGAAAAAAAGGCAAAAGGGAAGAAAUCCUUCCGGAAUUAAUCACGAUGUAUCCUAUUCCCCUCAAUAUAACAAUGGUUCCGAAAUUAAAAGAGAUCCUAAAAUGGAAAUCUCGAAAAUUUUAAAUUGAAAAAUCUUUAAAAAUAUUAAACCAUAAUUGUUUUUAUUGUCUGGGGUAGGAUUAUAUUUUUAAUUUUUU